CCAGAAGCUGGAGCGAGAGGCUCGGAUUUGUCGCCUGUUGAAACACCCCAACAUCGUUCGUCUUCAUGACAGUAUAUCAGAGGAGGGCUUCCACUACCUCCUGUUUGACCUGGUGACCGGAGGUGAACUGUUCGAGGACAUCGUAGCCAGAGAAUAUUACAGUGAAGCCGACGCCAGUCAUUGCAUCCAGCAGAUCCUGGAGGCGGUGCUUCACUGCCAUCAAAUGGGCGUGGUGCACCGGGACCUGAAGCCAGAGAACCUGCUCCUGGCGAGCAAAUGUAAGAACGCUGCCGUGAAGCUGGCCGACUUCGGCCUGGCCAUCGAGGUGCAGGGGGAUCAGCAGGCCUGGUUCGGAUUCGCUGGCACACCGGGUUACCUCUCCCCUGAGGUACUGAGGAAGGAGGCAUAUGGUAAACCUGUGGACAUCUGGGCCUGCGGGGUGAUCCUCUAUAUCCUGCUGGUGGGUUACCCUCCUUUCUGGGAUGAGGACCAGCACAAGCUGUACCAGCAGAUCAAGGCUGGAGCUUACGAUUUUCCUUCUCCGGAGUGGGACACGGUCACCCCAGAGGCCAAAAACCUGAUCAACCAGAUGCUCACUAUCAACCCGGCCAAGAGGAUCACAGCUCAGGAGGCCCUCAAGCACCCAUGGGUCUGCCAACGAUCCACAGUGGCGUCCAUGAUGCACAGACAGGAGACUGUGGAGUGCCUGAAGAAAUUCAAUGCCAGGAGGAAACUCAAGGGGGCCAUUCUUACCACCAUGCUGGUUUCUCGAAACUUCUCUGCAGCGAAGACCUUGCUCAACAAAAAGGCAGAUGUGAAGCCCCAGACAAACAGCACCAAAAACAGCAUAGUCACCAGCCCCAAAGGAAACGUCCCUUCACCUGCUCUGGAACCUCAGACAACCGUCAUCCAUAAUCCAGUAGACGGAACAAAGGAGUCAUCAGACAGCAGCAACACCACCGUGGAGGACGAGGACGUGAAAGCGCGCAAACAAGAAAUCAUCAAGAUCACAGAGCAGCUGAUAGAGGCCAUCAACAACGGAGACUUUGAGGCAUAUGCUAAGAUCUGCGACCACGGGCUGACUUCGUUUGAGCCGGAGGCGCUGGGCAACCUGGUGGAGGGGAUGGAUUUCCACAGAUUUUACUUUGAGAACCUUUUGGCCAAGAACAGCAAACCCAUCCACACAACCAUCCUCAACCCCCACGUCCACCUGAUCGGCGAGGACGCCGCCUGCAUCGCUUACAUCCGCCUGACUCAGUACGUCGACAGCCAGGGGCGGCCGCGCUCCAGCCAGUCAGAGGAAACUCGCGUCUGGCAUCGCAGAGACAGCAAGUGGCAGAACAUCCACUUCCACUGCUCAGGCGCACCGGCCGCGCCGCUCCAGUGAGGUUUGAAUCCCAUAGUUUUGUCUGUGAGGAGUCUGCUGGAAGAGGAAGAGGAGGAUGAGGAGGAAGAGGAAAAAGAACAGUGUCAGUUUGGGGGCCCCUCGCCCUCCAACAACAAACCCUCCCUCAAAUGGACGCCCGGCCUCCACCCCCCAGCAUGCAUCUCUUCUUUUACAGCUACUUCUGCCCCCUGUCACCGUCUGACAACCAUCAAACAGCGACUCAGCGUCCUCCGACCCGCUGGGCGAUGGCGGGGGUCGGGAUGUUUUCAGCACUUGUGUGAUUCCUCCGUCCUGUGGUCUCUUCUCCGUCCCCACAAAUAUCUUCUGUGACCCUCCCCCCUCCCUCCCUCCCUCCCUCCCUCGUCCUCCUGCGAAUCCACACUUGUGUGACUUAAACACUGCACUGGAAAUACAGUAUGUAAAGUUUUAAGUAAAGUCUAUUACUAUCAUUACUAUAUUAUUACGAUUCAUAUUAUUAUUAUUAUUACACAUGUAUAUGUCAUUUGUAUAAUUCAGAAUUCUUGAUGCCAGUGGUUUUUAGAGUUGAAGGAAUCUUUUUUUUUUUUUUAGUUUGUUUUUCUCUAUCUUUUUAAGGAAGCAUGUUUUUCCCCAUAUUAACAGUGGCUGUUUUUUAUUGUGGCUAUUAAGUGGAAAAUGAUAUUGGCAGUUUUUGUCAUUUGCCUCUUGUGUGUUAACUAUGAUACUGCACCCAAACUCAUGGUCGACUAGUUUUUCCCUUUGUAUUUGUUUUGGGGGUUUUCUUUUCUUUUAAUCUUUUCUUUUUGUGUGUGUGUUCUUCUGGAAGGCGUGUGUCUGAUGAGUGUCAUGUGAAGGCAGGGAGUGAGUCCUCGUGUGAAUGUGUGUGCGUUAGUCCAGAUGAUGAUGACUCUGUCGUUGUCAUGAGAACGGCAGGACGUGGGGUCUCGUCUCGUUAAGCUCAGUGUCUUCCUGCUUCAGAACCAACAUUUCGUGUGAGGCGUUUGAGUUUUAUCGUGUAUUUACGUUUCUGACUGAAUGUUGUGACGAUGGGGUUUAAAGAAUGAAGCAGCUUUUUAAUCAAAACGAAGAAAAGUGUCUGAAUAUAACAAGAUCUAAAUGUUUCAGUGACAUUUUAUUUGUUGAGACAAAACUGAUUUUGUUUCAACAAAAAAAAAUACCACCGCAUAUCUCAUCUCAUUAUAUAGACAGAAAUUAUUUUUAUCUUCCAUAUCGAAAAACAUGUUUAACAGUAUUCAGUCAGUGACUUCAAUUUAAUUUUAAACUGAUAUUUGGAGCCUUUGAUUGAUGAACAGCAUAAGAAACUUUAACAAGCACAUGUUUUACAGCUUUUGCUUUUAAUAUUAUCAAAAUAGUCGCAGUAGUUAGUUUUUUGAGAUGUGCUGUAUUCUCUCUUCUGACUAAAAGUCUAAAAACAUCGUUAACAACUCAAUAACAGAUAAAAAAAAACAUAAAUACAUGAUGAUAUUUCUUAUUAUACCAACACGACUAAAUGAAAACUACAAUUCAAUAAUUUGCUAUGUCAUGAUAAUGAAUAAAAUAUGUCGUAGAGUCUCUUGUUGAUAUUACAGCAGUUUUAUCUUUUCUUUUUUUUUUUAGACGAGCACUUUCAUUUUUGGGGGGUUUUCACAGUGAAGAGCAGCUCAGCGUCGCCUCCUCGUUUCCACCUGGAGCUCGUGUUGAUGUUUUUUUUUUCAAAUUCUGCUGAAAAAGAUGCUCGGGGGAGGGAGGGGAUGCCCUGCUGGUGGCUCCUGCUGUCGCUAGGCAACGGAUGAAUACCCCCGCUUGAAGCCCAGCGGCUCCUUUUCCCUUAAAAGUCGAGAUAUUUUGAUUUCGCUAAAACUCUCGGCGCCGCCCGGAACACAACAGCAGCAGGUCUUUUUUGAAAGUGCAAAGAAAGGAUCCCAGCGGAGGCCUUGACCUUUCUCGCUUCCAGAGCCAGAGCGCAGGAAGCUGCUGCGUGUUAGUCUGUACGACGCACACACACACACAAACAAACACACACACACACACUUCAAGGUCCAUAUCAGUGAUGACAACUGACACGUGUGUGUGUGUGUGUGUGUGUGUGUGGUUGAUGCCUCAACAAGUGGGAGGAUGUUUUUCACAAUUGUCUGCAGAUGUCAGGGAUGCACACGGCUUCUCUGUUCUGUGGUUCCUCAUUUCAGCACAGUCCUUUGCCACAGGGUGUAAUAUUUGUGUGUGUGUGUGUGUACAGUACAUCCAUUGCUCUGAUUGUGUGUUUUUUUUUUUUUUACAAGCCUUGGGGGGGGGGGAUUACAUGUCGGAGGUGUGUGAUUUUGAAGAGACGAUGAAAGGAGAAGGCUUUAUUUCAGAGGACAUAUCAGUCCAAUGCCUUCAGCCCAGGACUUAAAAUUUCUCAUGAUUUGAACUUUUUUAUUGUUUAUGUUUUUAUCGUGUCACAGUGAAGUUUUAUCAGCUUCUCAUUAUAUAAAG